UUUAGCUUAGCACAACUUUGCAGACUUGUUGCAAUAUUUUAACAUUCAUGACUGAAUUAUUUCAAAGAAAAGAAAAAGACUCUAAUCAUUUCUCAUCAUGAAGAACAGCUUGGCAGCUUUAUUCCUUGUGCCUUCUUUGAUUGCAAACAUGUACAAUGUAAUACAAGCCACAGAGCAGGGGAAGAAUAAAUGUGAUGAGAAGACCGUCAUUACCACAAAAACCCUGUGCCGUCCUUGUUCUCUGAAUUAUGAUAUUCAGUGUCCUGAAGGUUUUACCAGAAUUACCAAUGGUUCUGGAAUGCAAGACUGCAGGUUUGGUGGUCAGAGCAGAGGGGGCUCAGUUCUCUCAUUCCUGGGAUGUCAGCAUACAUGUAUGAAGGAGUAUCAGCAGCCUCAGUGUUGCCCAGGUUACUGGGGACCUGACUGUCUAGAGUGUCCAGGUGGAGCAGCAUCUCCCUGCAAUAACAGAGGGCAUUGCUCUCAGGGCAUUACUGGGAAUGGAGUCUGUACCUGCCAGAAAGGAUUUACUGGACUUGCAUGUGAAACAUGUGAUAAAGAUCUUUUUGGACCUCUCUGUAUGUCAGUAUGUCACUGUGUUCAUGGAAUAUGCAACAGUGGGAUAAAUGGAGAUGGAAAAUGCACAUGCUUAUUUGGAUACAAAGGCCCAAGUUGUGACCAACCAAUACAAGAAUGUCAGGCCUUGCAGUGCCCAGAAAACUCCAGGUGCACUGUCUCCAGGGCAGAUAAAACUCAACUAGAAUGCAAAUGUCUUCCCAGCUACCAGGAAGAGGGCAAAUACUGCAAACCCAUCAACCCAUGCUUAGAACAGGUCUGUGAUCCUCAUGCUGACUGCAUCUACCUUGGACCCAGUCAUCACACAUGUGCAUGCCAGAAUGGCUAUGAAGGAAAUGGUCAAGUUUGCACUCCAAUAGAUCCUUGCCAAACAAAGUCUGGGCAUUGCCCUACAGAGUCCACUGUCUGUAAAUAUGAUGGCCCUGGAAAGUCCCACUGCGAAUGCAAAGAACAUUUCAGCAACUUUGUAGAUGGAGAAGGAUGCAGUAUGGUGGAUAUCUGUGCAUCUAACAAUCAUUGCCAUAAAUACGCAACAUGCACAAUGAUUGCACCAGGAAAGACACAGUGUGCUUGCCAAAGGGGAUAUGGAGGUGAUGGGUUUGUAUGUUACAGAAAUAUCAUGGACCAAAUCAGAGACACGAACUCUAAGCCUGGAGGGCAGUGGCAAGGGAAACUAACAUCUGCUGCGCAGCUCUUUGGCUCUGCCUAUGAACGUCUGCGGAGUACACUGGGACCAUUCACAGUGCUUGUUCCAACAAAUGAGGGUUUCAAAAGAAAAAAUACAGGUGCAAUUACAGCACUACUGACAGAUAUGUCAAAUCUAACCAUCUUUGUGACUUCUCGACAAUCAACUGAAAAUAUGGACCACAAUGACAGAGCUGUUUGGAUGUCAAAAAACAACAUCCCAGCACUAAUAAAGAAUCACAUAUUGGCUGGAACCUACACAGCUGCUGACUUCCAGAACAUAUCUUUGUCUGACAACCUGCAUGAUGACUUUGUCCCAGCGUCCAAAGGAAAUCGAAAUCGUAUUGCUGAAACCAACAUUAUUGCUGAUGACAUUGUAGCCACAAAUGGGAUUGUGCACAUAAUUGAUAAGCAAUAUAACCUGGCAAGUGAAAUAGCAGCAGCUGGCGCUUACACCAUUUUUGCCCCGGAUGACUAUGCCAUUAAAAGUUACCUCAGGAGUAAACAGUUGACUUCUCUGGAAGAAGACCAAAUCCGGUUCCAUAUUAUUCUAGAGGAGAAGCUCUUCAAGAACGACUUGCAUAAUGGGAUGUUCAGGGACACCAUGUUUGGAUUUUCAUUUAGAGUAGGAUUCUUCAUCCAUGAUGCUCAGCUCUACGUAAAUGAAGCACCUAUAAAUUAUCCAAAUGUUGCAACUGAAAAAGGAGUAAUCCAUGGACUGGGGAAAGUAAUGGAAAUCAAGAAGAACCGAUGUGAUACCAAUGAUACUGUGCUAAUAACUAGAAGCUGUUUGCCCUGUGUAUUCCCCCGUGGCUGUCCUCCUGGAACUACUGUGGUGGAAGGGAGCAGACAGACCUGCUUCUACUACAAACCUUUUGAGCACGCCUUGAAAAAGGGAUGCCGGGUCCAGUGUGCUAAGAGUGUAAUUAUCAGAGAAUGUUGCGCAGGUUUCUAUGGCACAGAGUGUGAGCCUUGUCCGCAAGCAGCUGGAAAUAUUUGCUUUGGGAAUGGGAUUUGUUUGGAUGGCUUCAACGGCACUGGUUUUUGUGAAUGUGAAGCAGGCUUUAAAGGACUGGCUUGUGAUAGUUGCAUUGAAGGCAAAUACGGCACCAACUGUGAUCAAGAUUGUGCCUGUGUCCAUGGGAAGUGCAACAGUGGCAUAAAAGGCGACGGCUCUUGUGAAUGUGACGUUGGCUGGAGAGGUGUGAAAUGCGAUAUCCAAGCCAAAGAUGAUGACUGCAACAAUACUUGCCACACCAGUGCUAACUGCCUUCUCAAUCCUAAAGGGACAUCGUACUGCAAAUGUGCAGCAGGGUUUAAAGGGAAUGGGACACAUUGUACAGCCAUUGACGGAUGUGAAAUCAGCAAUGGAGAUUGUUCCACUGAAGCAGAAUGUAGACGGACCACUCCAGGAAAUCGAGUGUGUGCUUGCAAAACAGGUUACACUGGAGAUGGAAUAGUCUGCCUUGAAAUUAACCCCUGCAUAACAAAUAAUGGUGGAUGUGACAAAAAUGCUGAAUGCACUCAUAUUGGACCCAAUCAGGCUGCAUGCAACUGUUUAAAAGGAUAUUCUGGAAAUGGCAAUACAUGCACCUACAUCAGUUUAUGUUCAAUUAAUAAUGGUGGCUGUGGGGAAAAUGCGAUCUGUAACGAUACUGAGGAGACAGAAAGGACCUGUGCAUGUAAACCUGGUUACAUUGGGGAUGGAAUUACUUGCAGAGGCAGCAUCAUCCAGGAACUUUCAAGGGAUUACAACACUAGUCGAUUUAAAAUGUAUCUUCAGGAUGUUGGUGUCCAGGAUAUCGAAGGAACCGGCCCUUUCACUGUUUUUGUACCCCUCAGGAAAGCAGUUCAAUUGAAAAAUUCCAACUGGUUAAAAAAUGGCCUGAUGCCCCAGAUCCUUCGCUACCAUAUAGUAGCCUGUGGUGCACUACUCUAUGACGAUCUGACAGCAGACAAAAACCUGACAACUCUCCAUGGAGAACAACUCAAGAUCAGUAUUUCACAGAAUUCAGUCUUUUUAAAUGGCAAAGCUAAGAUUUUAACUAGCGAUAUAAUAAGCACAAAUGGAAUCAUACAUAUCAUAGACAGUUGGCUGAUUCCACAGAGAAUUCAAGACUUUCCAGCAUCUAAUCCGGCAACUGAGAGGGAGAGUCUCAAAAUGGUUGCAGCAAAAAAUGGCUAUAUCAUGUUUGCCAACUUGCUAGAGAAUGCUGGGUUGUUCGGCUUCCUCAAUGAUCCCGCUCACCAACCAAUCACCUUGUUCUGGCCCACUGACAAAGUGAUCAGAGCUCUCCCUGCAGAACAGCAGGAUUUUCUAUUUAAAAUGUCAAACUAUGCAACAUUGCAGCAGUAUCUGAAAUUCCAUAUUAUUAGAGAUGCCAAGAUUACAGCCUCUGCCCUCCCUACCUCUAGUUCACUGACAACAGUUCAAGGUUUUGAUCUCAGUGUGACAUGCAGUAAUUCUAAUAGUGAAAUUGGUGAAUUGUAUGUCAAUGAUAGGAGCUGUAGGAUAGUACAAAGGUACCUGGAGUUUGAUGGUGGUGUCGCUUAUGGGAUUGACUGCAUACUAACAGAUCCUAACCUUGGAGGUCGCUGUGACACUUUCAUCAGUCAUGAUAUUUUGGGAGAUUGCGGUAGUUGUUACAGAACUCCAAAGUGUCCUGCUGGGGCUAAAGCAAAGGAACAACAGAUAUUCCCAUGUACUCACAAUAGCUAUGGAAGACUCCGAGAAGGUUGUCAGAGAAGCUGCUCUGUGUUUGUCAGGGUACCACAAUGCUGCAAGGGCUAUUUUGGGAAUGACUGUCAAGCCUGCCCAGGAGGGCCAGAAGCUCCAUGUAGUGGCCAUGGGUCUUGUGAGGAAGGAUAUUCUGGCACAGGACAAUGUACAUGUUAUGGUGGCUUCAAUGGGACUUCAUGUGAGCUCUGUCUGCCUGGAAGAUAUGGCCCAGAUUGCAGAUUCUGUCAGUGCACAGAUCAUGGACAGUGUGAUGAAGGCAUUUCUGGAUCAGGACUGUGCAUCUGUGAAACUGGAUGGAUAGGAAAGUUCUGCGAAACCAAAUUAGAUGUGGCACCAGUGUGUUCACCCAGCUGUUCAGUUAAUGCUGUGUGCAAGCCCCAAAACAUCUGUCAGUGUAAACUAUUUUAUGUUGGGGAUGGAAUCACUUGUACAGCUAUGAACCUUUGUUUGAUAUCCAAUGGUGGCUGUCAUAAGAAUGCAAAAUGUUCACAAUCUGGUGUGAAAGUCAAUUGCACAUGUCAGAAAGGAUACAAAGGAGAUGGCCACAUCUGCACAGCUGUCAACUCUUGUGCAGAUGGGCUCAAUGGUGGUUGCCAUGAACAUGCGAUUUGUACUAAAACAGGGCCGGCUAAACGCAAGUGUGAAUGCAAAGAUAACUACGUUGGUGAUGGAAUUGACUGUGAAGUGAAACAGCUCCGAGUGAACCGAUGCUUACAAGACAAUGGACAGUGCCACGCUGAUGCUGACUGUGUAGAUCUCCAUUUUGAGGAUGCAACAGUUGGAGUUUUUCACCUACGUUCUCCUCUGGGACAGUACAAACUGACUUUUGAUGAAGCAAAUAAAGCCUGUGCAGAUGAAGGAGCAACACUAGCUACAUACAAUCAGCUCUCAUAUGCCCAGAUGGCAAAGUACCACUUAUGCGCAGCUGGCUGGCUGGAAAAUGGGAGAGUAGGCUAUCCAACUGCCUUCUCUACCCCUAACUGUGGUGGAGGAUUGGUUGGGAUUGUUGACUAUGGAAUCAAACUCAACCGGAGUGAAAGAUGGGAUGCCUUCUGCUACAGAGUCCAAGAUGUUAAUUGCACUUGCAAGAUUGGCUAUGUGGGGGAUGGAUUUACAUGUACCGGGAACCUACUUCAGGUCCUCAUGUCUAUUCCAACAUUUACAAACUUUGUCUCGGAAAUCUUUACUUACUCAAAUACCUCAAAGAAAGGUCAAGAAUUCCUGAAAUACCUCACAAAUUUGUCAAUUAAGGUUACAUUGUUUGUGCCAGACAAUGAUGGACUGAAGGAAAAUGAGACACUUUCUGGAAGAGACAUUGAGUACCAUUUGUCCAACAUCAGCAUGUUGUACUAUGAGGACUUGACCAACGGAACUACCCUUCAAACUAGGAUAGGGAAAAAGCUAUUAAUUACACAUAGUGAAAAUCAAGGAAAUCAGGUUUCAGUUGCUAAAAAGAAGACAAGGUACGUGGAUGGAAGAGCUAUCCUUGGGUGGGACAUUGUUGCUUCCAACGGGGUCAUCCAUGUCAUUGGAGCACCCCUGAAGGCUCCUCCUCUACCUCCUGCAUUCUUACAUCUUGGAGUUGGAACAGGAAUAUUCUUCGCAGUUCUGCUUAUCAUUGGAAUAAUUGGCCUUAUUGGGUAUGCGUACUUCAGAUUUAAGCAAGGAGAUAUUCGCUUCCAGCGUUUCAAGCAAAAGAAUGAAAUUGAUGUAACUACACUGGACACAACCCAGACUUCAAACAUCUCAAACAUUAACUACGAAGGCUCAACAACUUCACCACCAGAUCUUCCUUAUGAUCCAUUUUCAGAUUCUGAUGUACGUGAGUUGGUGGCCAAUGAACCCCCUGCAGAGUUCUGAUGACUUGAGCUACCAUAGGAAAGAACAUGUGUGAGAGCUGGAACUGAAUAUGAAAUAUAAAGCAGUACAAAGAUAUCACUGCUUCAAAGUGAGGAGCA